AACGUCUGUGUGGUGUGUGGCAGCGACAGAGACUGUAUCCGCAAGAGCAUUGUCCCACACGAGUACAGACGGCAAUUUCCGGCGGAGCUAAAGGAGCACGCCUCGCACGAUGUCCUGCUCCUGUGUCUCCCGUGUCACCAGCUGGCCAGCGCCCACUCCGACCGCCUCAAGUCCCUGCUGGCACAGGAGUACAGUGCCCCUCUCUCCUCUGCCUCAAACUCACGGUUCACUCAAGACCACCGCAUGAGUCGGGUCAAGAACUGUGCCAGGGCGUUGGUGAAGGGGCAAGGUAUCCCAGACGAGAGGAGGAAGGAGCUAAUGGCUGCAGUGGCUGAGUUUCUGAGGUGUACUCCUGAGGAUAUCACUCCUGACAUGAUUCAAGAGGCUGCCGAAAUUGAUACAAGGCUCCAGAACAGUGAGUUCAGCCCGCAUGCAGAGCUGGUGGUGAGGGCAGUGAGAGAGGAGGGAGGGAGACAGGGGCUCCUGGAGUUCCAGAGGAGGUGGAGGCAGCACUUUCUCGACACCAUGAACCCUCGCUUCUUGCCAGAGUUGUGGAGUGUGGACCACAAUCCUCAUCAGCUGUAGUUAGUGGUGAUAGUGCUGCCGCGCUGGAAUGUUAUCACUUUGCACACACGGGUUUCUACUGUUGUCUGAGCUCUUUGUAAUUCCUAUCAUGUUUUGUACU